CCGCUCGAGCCGGUUGCCCGAGCAGCAGCAGCGGCACUGAGGCAGGUUGUUAAAGGACUGAAUGUCGUACUGACUUCUAAAGGGACUCGCAUCCGAAAAGGGGGAAAGAGGACUGGGAGGCUGUCAGGAUGGCUUCAAACUUCAACGAUAUAGUGAAACAGGGAUACGUGAGGAUUCGGAGUAAGAAACUAGGGAUUUUUAGAAGAUGCUGGCUGGUAUUCAAGAAAGCAUCCAGUAAAGGACCUCGACGACUUGAGAAAUAUCCAGAUGAAAAAGCUGCCUACUUUAGGAGCUUUCAUAAGAUUACUGAGCUCCACAACAUUAAGAACAUUACGCGAAUGCCCAGAGAGACUAAGAAACAUGCAGUGGCAAUUAUUUUCUGUGAUGAGACGACAAAGACAUUUUCCUGUGAGUCAGAGCUGGAGGCUGAGGAGUGGUGGAAGUUAUUGUGUUUGGAGUGUCUGGGCAGCAGACUUAAUGACAUCAGCAUGGGAGAACCGGACUUGUUAGCAGCAGGGGUGCAGAGGGAACAGAACGAGAGAAUUAAUGUUUACUUGAUGCCGACCCCAAACCUGGACAUCUACGGAGAGUGCACAAUGCAGAUAACCCAUGAAAACAUCUACCUAUGGGACAUCCAUAAUGCCAGAGUCAAGCUGGUCAUGUGGCCGCUCAACUCCCUGAGGAGAUAUGGCAGAGACUCGACCUGGUUCACGUUUGAAUCUGGGAGGAUGUGUGAUACAGGGGAGGGCUUAUUUACAUUCCAGACCAGAGAAGGUGAGAUGAUCUAUCAGAGAGUUCAUUCUGCCACACUGUCCAUCGCCGAGCAACAUGAGCGCAUGAUGAUUGAGAUGGAGAAGAGCACACAGACUCUUUCAAACGAGAGCACAUUAACAAAGUCGAUAUCUCUUCCGCGAAGUGCUUACUGGCACCACAUCACGCGUCAGAAUAGCAUGGGAGACAUCUGCAAUUACCAAGGCACGAGUAUGACUAUGACACUCAUUCCACGAGCACAGACGUUUCAAAGCUUCCUCUCCGAGAAGACGGAGGAAGAACAGAACCAGGAGCGUGCAACAGCGGCCUCUAGCGGCCACGAUAGGAAAUGCAGCACUUCACCGCUCCGUUGACAUGCACUCUCGUGGCUUGUAAAGCCAAAACUCCUGGACAUUCCAAAGCUUUAGAAAGCUCAUAUAGACACAUGUACAGUAUGAACUACAUAUACAUGUAUGACCUAAUAAUGAAUUAUUAUAAUUAUUUGUAGAACAGUGUGUAUACUACAAACUCUAGAAGCCUCUUUUUGUACCUUGACACAAAAAAAUAUAAAAACAAAUGCCAAAAAGUUGCAUCAUAAACUUUUUAUUUUCCUCAUGUAGUUUCAAAAAUGUACUUUCUGCAUUUAUUUUUUAGAUUUACUGUAAAUAUUGAAGCACUGUAGCGCUUGCAACACAGAGCAAAGUAUGUUUGUUGCAUUUUUGUCUGUUUUCUUUAAACACCUAGAAGAGGUUUGCUUCAUUAGUAUCUGUCAAAAGAUAAUAAUUAUUAUUAUUAUUAUUUUGCACCCAGCACUUUCAAGUUAGCGCUUGCUUUGCACCUUGGUCUGUGUUGCAAUAUAUACAGCCAUAAUGUCUGUAGACGCCUGCGGUGUGGCAGGUUAGGUCAUUCUGAAUCAAGCUUCACACUGCAUAAAAGUGCCUUCAGACUGCUAGAUCAGACUCUGGCUAGAAAGAUGAUUCAGUUAGAAACACUCUAGUCAUCCAUGUAAAACUGAAUUAAGUUUAACUGUUGAAACCCCUUUUUUCUAAAGGCAGAAUCAAAUAUCUAUUUUCUCCCUGCACAGGAAAAUGCUGUUCUGAUAAUUUUACUUAAUGACUGCAGUGGUCUUAUAGAUAUAGAUAUUGGAUAAUAAAAGCGUAAAAAGAAACACAAACACAUUCAGUGCAGACAAUCAAUAGGCCUACAGAUUCACUCAUCUAAUGGGUUUUAUGCCUAGACCAUAACAUACCUUCAAAUGACUGUUUAUUUAUUGUGCAAUUUUGCUAGGAAAAUCUGUUUUGACCAGAACAAUAUAUAUAUAUAUAUAUAUAUAUAUAUAUAAAGAUCAUGUCAUAAUGUGAAUCUCAAGGUUUUAGAACCACACGAAGGAUACUAAGAAAACUUUAUUUUGUUUUUUAAAGUAGUUUGCACAUUUAUUCAGAAUAGUCAGAUUUGUAGCGCUUGACUGUGAAUUGAACAACCACUGUUUUAUACAGUGUGUACUAUAUAAUUUAAAUGUCUUUUACUAUUUAAAAAGGGAAUGACCCUUUCUGAAGGGGUUUCUAAAGGAAAAAUUGGUCAAACACUGUUUAAAUCCAUGUUAUUACACAUCUUGCUGGUUAUGAAAGUUACCUGGACAUUCCCUUUAAGGUUUUUCUGGAUUCAUUUGUAAAGAUGUCUUUCUCCAGUUGUGUUAUAGCAUUUACACCAGCCUUUAUUUAAUGUGUGUGUGUGUGUGUGUGUGUGUGUGUGUGUGUGUGUGUGUGUGUGUGUGUGUAUGUUUGUGUAAUUGAAUAGAACAUGGAAGAACAAAAAAAACCACAUACAAUCUCAUUAUGUAGAACUUUGUCCUGUGUGGAUAUGUUGUUUACUGAGUGAAAUAAACUGGACUUUUCAUAAACCUCAAUGUAUGCAUGUUUGAUAAU